AAGUGACGUCACGCGUAUCCCUCCGCCAGUCCGGGCCCCUCUUUUUGUGUGUGUGUGUAGCGGCGCCUCUGGUGUGUUGUCAAGCGGCGCGCAUUUGAAACCGGGCCGCCUUCCGAGCGGAGAAGAGGGAGGCAGGCGAGGCCCAUGCGAGGCGCGCCCCCGUCAGGCGCCGGGAGGAGGAGGGGCGUGGGCCGCUCCGAGGAGGAAACAAACCCGCUCCCGCCGACGCCGCCGAGCCCACUGCCAGGAUGGCGGACACAGACCUAUUUAUGGAAUGCGAGGAGGAGGAGUUGGAACCGUGGCAGAAGAUCAGUGACGUGAUCGAAGACUCGGUGGUUGAGGAUUACAAUUUGGUGGACAAAACUGCUACUGUUUCCGUCAGUGUUCAGCCUGUGGCCAACCCCAUGCCCAUCGUUGCCCAUGCGUCCCUCGGCGGCAACCUUCAGACGCCCACCUCGGUCAGCAGCAGCAUGCCGCCCAACAGCGACACAAAGAAGACCUUGGUGACACUCUUUGCCAACAACAGUGCGGGAACUCCUCUGGUCCAGCAAGGCGGGCAGCCGCUGAUCCUCACGCAAAGCCCGGCCUCUGGCCUGAGUACGGUGGUGACGCAGCCAGUUCUCCGGCCGGUGCAGGUCAUGCAAAAUGCCAACCACGUGACCAAUUCGCCGGUGGCCAGCCAGCCCAUCUUCAUCACCACUCAGGGUUUUCCUGUACGGAACGUCCGGCCGGUCCAGAACACCAUGAAUCAAGUUGGCAUUGUCCUGAACGUCCAACAAGGUCAAACCGUCAGGCCCAUCACCCUUGUCCCAGCCCCUGGCACCCAGUUUGUGAAGCCCGCCGUGGGGGUCCCUCAGGUGUUCUCUCAAAUGGCCCAGGUGAGACCCGGCCCGACCCUGCCAGUCCGACCAUCCUCCAACACGUUCACGACGGUCAUUCCGGCCACCCUGACCAUCCGGAGUACGGUCCCGCAGCCCCAAGCGCCGCCACAAAUGAGCAUAGCGAGCUUUGUGACGGUGAAAAGGCCCGGGGUGACGGGCGAGAACAACAACGAGGUGGCCAAGUUGGUGAACACCUUGAACACGGUCCCUUCGCUGGGCCAGGGCUCGGGCCCCAUCGUGGUUUCCAACAACAGCCCUGCGCAUGGCUCCCAGCGGGUGGGCAUCGUCUCCGAGCCUCCGUCGCAGAAAGUUGGUGCCUCAACCAUCCCCAACUUCGACCUGCAAGACAGCGGGCGGAAAGCCUGUCCUCGGUGCAAUGCCCAGUUUAGAGUCACUGAAGCUUUAAGAGGCCAUAUGUGCUACUGCUGCCCAGACAUGGUGGAGUUCCUGAAGAAAGGGAAGUCCCUGGAGUCUGAACCAAAUAUCCAAGUCCCCAAAGCCCCUUCUCCGGAGAAGUCAGCGGGCAUGGCCUCCACGCCGUCCUCCACCCCGGUCCCUACCCUAUCACCGCCGGGGAAAAUGGCCGAGCCGAGUGACGGGGCGAGCGACGGGACGCAGGGCAAGCUGAUCAUGCUGGUGGACGACUUCUACUACGGCAGGGACAGCGGCAAGCUCAGCCAGCUGCUCAACUUCCCCAAAGUGCCGACCUCCUUCCGCUGCCCCCAUUGCACCAAGCGGCUCAAGAACAACAUCCGGUUUAUGAACCAUAUGAAGCACCACGUCGAACUGGAUCAGCAAAACGGGGAGGUGGACGUCCACACCACUUGCCAGCACUGCUACCGGCAGUUCCCCACCCUCCUGCAUCUACAGUGCCACUUGGAGAACGUACACAGCCCCUACGAGUCGACCACAAAGUGCAAGAUCUGCGAGUGGGCCUUUGAGAGCGAGCCCAUGUUCCUGCAGCACAUGAAGGACAACCACAAGCCGGGAGAGAUGCCCUACGUCUGCCAGGUCUGCCAGUACCGUUCAUCGCUCUACACAGAUGUGGACACGCAUUUCCGGAUGGUGCAUGAAGACACGCGGCACCUCCUUUGCCCUUACUGCCUCAAGGUCUUCAAGAACGGCAACGCCUUCCAGCAACACUUCAUGCGGCACCAGAAAAAGGGCGUCUACGGCUGCAACAAAUGCCGGCUGCAGUUCCUUUUCGCCAAGGACAAGAUUGAGCACAAGCUGCAGCACCACAAAACCUUCCGGAAGCCCAAGCAGCUGGAGGGGCUCAAGCCAGGCACCAAGGUGACCAUCAGGGCGUCGCGAGGGCCUCCGCGGCCGGUGCCCCUCUCAGCCAGCGACAUGCCCCCAGGAAUCCUUCCGGACGCCACGCAGCUCUCGUCCUCCGCCGACUCCCAGCUCAACUUCCCGUACCCGCCUUUCCAGAGGAAUAUCCAGAAGAAGGCCGUCCGGAAAAUGAGCAUCCUGGGGAGACAGACCUGCCUGGAGUGCAGCUUCGAAAUCCCGGACUUCCCCAACCACUUCCCCACCUACGUCCACUGUUCGCUUUGCCGCUACAGCACCUGCUGCUCUCGCGCCUACGCCAACCACAUGAUCAACAACCACGUUCCUCGCAAGAGUCCGAAAUACUUGGCCUUGUUCAAAAACUACACCGCAUGUGGGGUACGGCUGGCCUGCUCUGCUUGUGUCUUUGCGACGUCGGAAGGAGACGCAAUGGCCAAGCACCUUGUGUUCAACCCCUCGCACGAGUUCAGCAACGUAAUCCUACGAGGAGGUACUCCUUGGGUUUCCCAUUCAAGGCCUGCUCAGUCUUUCGACCCAGACGCGAAGGCUCCAAGCUCCACGUUUCCCCCAAACAAUGCUGCGACUGUGAAUGCUCCCUCUCCUCUGCCCCUCGAGGAGGAGAAGGCAGUUGAGGUGGUUGAGGAGCCUUCCAAGGAGAUGCCCGAGGAGGCGACCAAAAGACCCACCUCGGUGGCCCUGCCGGAGGAGUGCUUGAACGUCGAUGAGCCACCAGAAGAGGAGCCGCCGGCCAAAGAAGCCCCUGAAGCGGCCAGCAAGAAAGAGCAGCUCUCGGUCAAGAAGCUCCGGGUGGUUCUCUUUGCUCUGUGCUGCAACACAGAACAGGCAGCCGAACAUUUCAAGAACCCCCCGCGGCGGAUCCGGCGCUGGCUGCGGCGGUUCCAGGCCUUCCAGGAGGAGAACGUGGCCUCGCUCUCGGAAGGCAAGUACCUGGGCUUGGAGGCCGAGGAGAAGCUGGCCGAGUGGGUCCUGACCCAGCGGGAGCAGCAGCUGCCGGUCAACGAGGAGAGCCUCUUUCAGAAGGCCACCAAGAUUGGGCGCUCGCUGGAGGGCGGCUUCAAGAUCUCCUACGAGUGGGCCGUCCGCUUCAUGCUCCGGCACAACCUCAGCACGCACAACCGCCGCGCGGUGGCCCACCCACUGCCUAAGGACCUGGAGGAGAGCGCCAAUGGCUUCAUUGAGUUCGUCCAGCGGCAGAUCCACACCCAGGACCUGCCCCUCUCUAUGAUUGCCGCCGUCGACGAAAUCUCGAUCUUCCUGGACGCGGAGGUGCUUGGCAGCGACGACCGGAAAGAGAACGCCCUGCAGACAGUGGGUACGGGCGAGCCGUGGUGCGAUGUGGUACUGGCCGUCCUGGCCGACGGGAGUGUCCUGCCCGCGUUGGUCUUUUCCCGGGGCCGGGCGGCAGCGCAACAGGCAGCCAACGUGCCAGAGGGCAUCCUCUUGGAAGUGAAGGAGGGCGGGUACAAUGACGAUGACCUCAUGGAGGCUUGGGCCGCCAAGGUGUGGCAGAAGCACGUGGAGAGCCAGAACAGCAAGGGCAUGCUGGUGUUGGACUGCCACCGGACGCACCUCUCGGAGGAGGUCCUUUCCCUGCUGAGCAACUCUGGGACCCUCCCGGCCGUGGUCCCCGCCGGCUGCAGCUCCAAAAUCCAGCCCUUGGACGUUUGCAUCAAACGGACCGUGAAAAACUUUGUGCACAAGAAGUGGAGGGAGCAGGCCAAGGAGAUGGCCGACACCGCCUGCGACUCGGACAUCCUGCUCCAGCUGGUCCUGUGCUGGCUCGCUGAGGCCCUCGAGCUCAUCGGCGACUGCCCCGAGCUGGUGCAGCAGUCCUUCCUCGUGGCCAGCGUCCUGCCGGGACCCGACGGCACGGCCAACAGUCCCGGGCGCAACGCCGACAUGCAGGAGGAGCUCAUUGCCUCGCUGGAGGAGCAGCUGAAGCUCGGGCAGGAGCCGCAAGACGAGGAAGAGGGCGACUCCCCCGAGGGCCCGCCGGCCGAGGAGGGCGCCAACCCCGAGAUCCUGCACCAGCUCUUCGAGGGGGAGAGCGAGACAGAGUCCUUCUACGGCUUCGAGGAUGCCGACUUGGAACUUAUGGACAUCUGAGCUCUUCCGGAGCCGGAGAGAGCGGAGUCGGCCUUCCUCUCUCUGUGUUUUUAUUUCCUUUUCCAAAAUCAUUAUUGGAUGAGACCAUUUUCACCUCCCUGUGGAUAUGUCUGUAUAGGAGAUUCUUAGACUAAUAGCUAUUUCCGAUCUUAAUUUUUUUUCUUCUCCUGUGCUUAGUUUUUUUUCUGGUGGUUUUUUUCCCCCCUUACCGCCACCUUUAUCUCCGAUCACUGUGUUGAUAUUUUCCGAGGAUAUUGUGGGUGAUUUUUUUUUUUUUUGCUGUAUUAUAAUUUCUGGGGAUUCUAUUUUAUUUUUUGUUGGCAUUGUUUUGUGCAAAAUUGGGAUUUUUUUUUAAUUCUCCGACAUCAUUGUGACUUUUUUUUAAAAGACGAGGAAGAAAACAGUGUGUAGUUAACGAAUGAGUAUCCCAAAAUCUCUUUUUAAUUUUCCCCCCCCUGGAUCUAGAAUCAUAGUUUUCCGGCACAGUAAAAAACACCCAUUUUUCUAAAGUAUGAGUGAUGACCUUGUGACAGAUUCAUGAGUCGCCCAUUGAAAAAUUAAGAUUUAACAGUAAGGAUUGAAGCCCACCAGCAAACGGAUCUUGGGACAAAGUAGCGCUGUAGGGUUGAGCCAAGAGGCCAUGUCAAGGAACGUUGUUUGGACCAUGAGACAAUUAAAGUGUCUCUUUUUGAACGGCUGGGAGAAACUGGCCUCUUUUCUUGGUUGCGAACGUGGAUUUUCUUACGGACCGAUGACUCCACCCUUUUUACAAAAACACCUUUAUCCCUAGCGACCUCAAUGUGACACUACGCAUCCCCCAAAUCGAGGGCUUCGGUCCGAACGAAAACGCGAGAGGCACAAAAAACUUAGGGUCCUAUCUCCUCUUUUUUCACUGCCAGCUUACAGAGACGUAAACAAAAAAAAUUGACAUUUUUCUACGGUUUGCAUGUUUGAAGUUUUUUUUUUCUAAAAAAAAUAUGGUAACGUAUUUACGGUCUAAAAUGAUGACGUGAAAAAGGCAACGCGGCGGGGACCUGCUUCUUUCUCCUCUUCUUUCCGUUGGGAGGCUUCUUGAGGCCUCUCUCCCCCUUUUGAAGCCACCCCAAAGCCAACCAGGAUCAAAGGGGUGGCCUGGCCUGUAAAUGGUUCGUCUUCAGAGAGUGUAUAUAAUGUGGAACAUUGAAUAAAGCCAGGGAAAUGGAUUUAUAAA